GCAGAGGGAGGAGGGAGCCGAGGCUAUUUAAAGAGGCUCAUCCAGUCAUUCAAAUAGCAGGAGGUCCUUGGCGUUGACUAACCGCCUCUAAAUGGUUUUCAUCCCGCUCUGCGUCUCUGUCUGCGGCUACUUAUUGUCGAUCAGUCCGGACUGAGGCCGCCUGUCUGCGCUGACAGCCAUCCGUCGACCAUCAGUCUGCCAGCCUCCUCUGCAGGGACUGCUCCUCCUCCCUCUGCUCUUUUUUUUAAAAAAAAAAAAAUCUUUAUCAUCGGUGAAAAAUGGGCAAAGAUUACUAUAAAACGUUGGGCAUCUCUAAAGGAGCCACAGACGAGGAUAUUAAGAAAGCUUACAGAAAACAAGCGCUGAAAUGGCACCCGGACAAAAACAAGUCUGCAGCCGCCGAGGAGAAAUUUAAGGAAAUCGCUGAGGCAUAUGAAGUCCUCAGUGAUCCGAAAAAAAGAGAAGUUUAUGAUCAGUAUGGAGAAGAAGGUCUCAAGGGAGGAAGUGGGCCCACUGCUGACGGACAAGGCAGCACCUUCACCUACACUUUCCACGGGGACCCUCACGCCACCUUCGCCACUUUCUUUGGCGGUUCAAACCCAUUCGAGAUGUUCUUUGGGCGCAAAGCAAACGGCCGAGACGACGACGACAUGGAGGUGGAUGGAAAUGAUCCAUUCGGCUCCUUCACCAACUUCAACCUGAACGGAUUCCCUCGGGACGGGCACAUUGGGCCCGGGGGGCCGCCGCGCCGGAAGCAGGACCCGGCCAUCAUCCACGAACUGAGGGUCUCCCUGGAGGAGGUCUUCCACGGCUGCACCAAGAGGAUGAAAAUCUCUCGCAAAAGGCUAAAUCCAGAUGGCAGGACCAUGCGCAAUGAGGAUAAGAUUCUCACUAUCGAGAUCAAGCGGGGCUGGAAAGAGGGAACCAAGAUCACGUUCCCGAGAGAGGGAGACGAGUCACCCAAUACCAUCCCCGCUGACAUUGUUUUCGUCAUCAAGGACAAGCCACACCCUCACUUUAGGCGGGAGGGCUCGAACAUUGUGUAUCCUGUGCGAGUGAGCUUACGACAGUCGUUGUGCGGAUGCUCGGUUACCGUGUCAACGAUAGACGGGAAGACGUGCAACAUGAAGAUCACGGAUGUUAUCAAGCCUGGCAUGAGAAAGACUGUUGCCGGACAAGGUCUGCCCUUACCCAAAAACCCCGAGCAGAGAGGGGACCUGGUGGUGGAAUUUGACGUUAACUUUCCGGAGGCGUUACCCGUCAACGCCAAGGACGUCCUGAAACGACAUUUACCUGCUUAGGAGGAAGGACACGAACUGCCCGAGGGGAGAUAACUGCAUGACAGCGCUCGCCCUUGUUACCAGCACUCACACAAACACACACACACACACGGACAGUUAUGAGAGUUCACAGAUGGACCCCCUGCGACGAAUGUGCAAUUUCUAUUUUUGAGCUAAUUGGUGUUUUUUAUAAAUACCACGCAUGCUGCCAAGUUGAUGUACGUGAAAGCGACAGACAGUCUGGGUUGUUGAUAUCUGAAAGAAAACACAUUUUAUGUAUGUGCUACAAUCACUUUAUCUUUUUGUUUGUUGGAAAUAUUUGGUAGUGAGUGAGUCUACAGUUGCCCAAAAAUAUCCCAAGGAUUCCUGGGAAACAUUGCAGUGCCAAACAGACAUUUUCUUGCUCUUGUUUAGAUCUGACAGGCAUUGUUACCGACAUUUUUUAAGCUGUCGUUCAUGUUUAUUUAGUCAUGUGGAGAUACAAGCUUCAGUUUAGAGGCUGUCGUAAAGGGAUAGUGCAGAUUCUUUGAAGUGGGGUUGUAUGAGGUACUUAUCCGCAGUCAGUAUGUUAAAUGCAGUAGAUGUAAGUCUGCACGCCCACAGUUUGGAGAAGCAGGCUGGAGUCUGGCACAGAAGCUGAGCGAUGUACUGCUGUUGAAGGGGUCAAGUCCCAUUUAAAAAAAUCAAAAUCAGUUUAAGUGUACACUAUAUCAAGAGUAUUUUCACAGUUUUAUCUUUCUGACAGACAGCCUUUUCCAAUGAGAAAGCUGUUGAGGGCUUCAGUUCUCCAUGUGUGAUCUCGUCAAAGCCACCAGACCUCAUUUGGAAAACCAGUAAUUUUAGCUCACUGAACACAGGAGCUGCUGGUCUACUGCUACUUUCCCCAGUUAGUUAGUUACUGUUAUUGUGUGACUUUGGUGAAUCUGAACUAACCCUUUUAAAUGCCAAAGUCAAACAAUAAGACAAACAAAAUAGCUGAUUGAGGCAGUGGAAGACCACGAGCUCCUGUGUUUAGCGAUGUUAAAUCACUGUUUUUAUAAAAGAAGUCUGGCUUUGAGGAGAGUCAAAAUCAACUUUAUUUUCAAUUCUGCUACAUGUACAGGACAUAGAUGGAGAUGGGAUUGAAAUGCCAUUUCUCCCAGACCC